AUGACUAGCAGUAACGAUGAAAAUUUUCCUCAUGAAACGUACAACAAAAAACGAAGAGAAAAUGUUAUAUACCCGACUUGUAUUCGUAAUGAAAAACAUUUCAAAGGUCAAUUGAAUGUUCUUGUAUCAUUCAACAAACGUGAUAAACCAUGGCAAUGGAUGCCUUUAAAAAGUUUGAGGUACGGUCAAAAAUUGUUGCACAAUUUCCGCACCUAUAAAGCAAGGCUAAAGCGAAAACAAGAAAAUUCUAACUUGAAAUCCGACGAGUUGAAUAGUAUUGAUAAAACAAUGGCAUGGGAAGAUGAAAUAAGGUUCGAUCAAGAUGUCAUCCAAAGCAGUAUUGGAAUAGAAGGUGAUGAAGACAGAGUUAAUGACAUCGACACAAGUUUCUAUCCGAACAAUAAUGAUCCAAAAGUUGAUGGCAUGAUGAAAGAUUCCUGGUCAGAAAGUAUCGAAGUGGAUGACACUGAAAAUGAGGGCAUUGAAAAAUCUAUGACAAAUGUUGCAUAUAAUGAUCGGUUUAUUGUAGACGUUAUGGUUCCUUUAUACCAGAAAAUUCUUAAAAUCGUAGAAAACGGAAGCAAUGAUGCGGACUCCGUGUGCAGCAAUGGAAAAGUUGAUUUUUAUCAAGAUUAUCAAAAAAUUAACGACGAUUAUAACAAACCAACGUAUUAUUUUGAACAUGCUGAGACUGAUGGCGCACAUAACUUGAAUAAUCAACUGCAAAUUCAUAGUCCAGAUUCACAAAAUAAUCGGAGUUCUUGGGAUCAAGAAUCAAGUAUUCCAAUUUUUAAUGAUAAAAAUAAUUUUCAAACAUAUCGUCAUUACAAUGAAACGAAUUAUAAAAGUCAUUUAACAGAAGAUUAUAGUGAACCACAGCAACAAAAUUAUAUAACAACGUGGUGUACCAAAAAUUCGAAUCGAAAACUUACAACAUAUGCAGAUAUAAUUGAAGAAAAGUCCUGGAACGAAGAAUGUUCGAACGGAAUGAUUGUUUCUUCCAAUAAUAAUGACGACUCUUCAACUACCCGGGUUAAGGAAAGCACUGACGUGUUUGGAUCAAUUGGUGAUUCAAUAUUAAAGCUUAACUCUUGGGCGCCCUGGAAGGAUAAAGACGAUUUCGAUAAUGAAUUGGAUAAACUACUUAAAAAUUUUAAAACAGAGGUAACAGAUAGAUUAACAAUGAAUAGUGUGAUUAGCUGA